AUGAAUUUCAUAACACGAUUUUGUGCAACAGUAGGAGCAGAGACAGCUUUUGAAAGAGUAUAAAUAAUUAAAUUGAUUAUAUAGGCGAGAUUAGCAGCUACUUAUGUAAAUACUUAUCCUCCAGAUGAGAGUGAUAUUAAAAUUAUAUUAAAUGCACUUUCUGGUUAUGAUAAACAAACAGAUAGAAGAAUCGCUUUUGGUUCUAUAAUACGAAAAUUAAAAUAAAAUCAUACUGAUGAAGAUGGAUGGAUUAUCAUAAUCAAAAAUUUGAUUAUAAUAGAUAGGUAUUUUGGUCACAAAAAUUGAUCAGGUGUGUGAAUGAUGGUAUUCUUUUAAAAGAAUUUUGUGAGUUAGAUUUACCUAGUAUAGAGAAUCGAUAAGAAAGAAAUAAAAACAAUCAUAAAUUAUUAAUACAUGAGUUGAUUUCUAAAUAUUACCUUUAUAUCAAAUUCAAAUCCUAGUAAUUAAGAACUUCAUUCUCCUUGACAUUAUACAAAAAAGAAAAAUAUUUAUACUUUAAUUAACUAUCUACUUGUUAAACCAAAAAUGAAAUCAAUUUAAUUAUACAAUUUGUAUAAAAGGCUUUUGAAGUUAUAGAUACCAAAAAAAAUGGACAUCUUAAAUAUAAAUUAAAUUAAUAUGUUUUUCUAACUAUUCUUAAUGAUUUAUUUAAAUAUUAUACUUGUUCACUUGUUGCAUUUAAUAUUUUGAUUAAAAAAAUAGAACAAUUCAAACUUGAAGAACUUCUUCAAAUUGCUGAAAUCACAAGAUUACUAUCUAAUUUUUGUAAUUAAUUAGACUCAUUUAUUAAUUAAAAUAGAUUUAUUAAAGGAUUUGAAUAUUAUGAUGUAGAAUAUAAGGUAUUUCAUAUCUAUAUUCUAAGAUUACCCCCAAUUUAUUAGAGAUGAUUAUCGAAUAUUUAAAUUUAUAUGAAUAAAAUUAAAAAGGUACAUAGAAUUAACUUAAAGAAAUUCAAUUUAAUACAUAAAAAUCUAAACUAAUACUAGAAAAGAUAUGUAUUUAAUUAAAUUCAUUAUUUAGUUUCACAAAGUUUAAAUUAAAUAUAAAGCAAUUAUUUUGAUAAUAUUUAAGGAAAUAUCAAACAAUAAAGUAAAUUGGUAAUGUAUUGCAAUUAAUUCAGACAUAAGUUUGAUGAAAGUAUAUUUUAAGGAUUCAAAAAUAAUUUUUCAUCCAAGUAUGAAUACUUUAUUGAAUUCAAAUUAGUUAUAUUUAAAUACCAAAUCAUCUCAAAUAGAAUAAUGAAAUUCCUGAAUUUUAAGAAGAAGAUGAAGAUUACGAUUUUCUAACCAAAGUUGAGGAGAAUAAAACGAACUAUAAAUUUGAUAAAUAAAUACAUUUGCUAUAUCCUGAAGCUUUUAAUGAAAAAUUGUUCUAAAAUUUUGAAAAUAUUUAUUAUUUAUGA